AAGAAAGACGGAAGACAGAUCUGAGGUUGGAUGGCUCUGCUGUACAGAAUAAAUCACAGUGGCAGACCAAACGAAAGUACCGAGCUCUCUACGACUGUGAGGCUGAUAAUGAGGAUGAACUGACUUUCCAAGAGGGGGAGAUAAUUGUUGUACUCCAUGAAGAGGAAGAGGAGUGGUGGGAAGGAGAGAUUGAAGGGCAGCCACAUCGGCGAGGUCUGUUUCCUCUCAGCUUUGUCACACCGGUGAAUGAUUGA